CUUUGAUGUCCAAAAACGAGAGUUAGAUUUAUCGAUUCAAAUAAUAAACGAAUUAACGGUUAAAUGAACUCCCUGAACUGAAUUUAGCUAGAUUUACUUACAAUAAAAAUAUGCGAAUUCCGACUAGUAAUCGAAAUUAAAGUUGAUAAAGAAAGCCAAGAAACCCUGUUUUAGGAAAAAAUAUAGAAAAAAUGUUUGGUUAAGUAUCAAUAGUGAUAUAAAAAGCUUAUUGGUUAGCUGUGGGUCAAACACCGAUUUCAAAAGGUCUCAAAGAGAUCGUAUAGAGAUUGGGUCUGUCACGGUCUUUGGCAGUAUUUUCAACUUAUUUUUGUAAGUUUGACGUGGAAAUAAAAAUAUAAAAGGAAGCUUUUAGAUAAAAAUGUUAGUUUUGGUCUAGAUAUGUUAUGAAUUAUUCAACGAAAGGAAUUUAGUAUAGUGACUUGUUUUUCAAGGAAACAAAGAAGCAACAAAAGUAAAAUAUUUUUUUUUACCUUAGUAUAUUUUUACUAAUACUUACUUUACAACUAUACGUUUACCCGCGGUUUCACCUGCAUCCCGUGGGAAUUACUGCUCUCACCCUGAUAAAAUAUAGUCUUUAUUUCUCGGAAAAGUGUAGCUUUAUAACAGUGAAAUAAUUUUGCUAAUCGGUUCCGUAGUAUCGGAGCCGUUAGGUUUACAUACAAACCAAUAAAAAAAUGAUUCGUCUUCGUUACGUUAGCAUAGAUUACCACAAAACAAGUAAGUUACAAUCUAUAAAACUUAAGUACUCAAUCAACUUUUCUACUGCUAUAUCAAUAAAAAAACAAUUUGACAUCAUCAUUUAAAAUAUUGAAACGUACGGAACCUCACAUAAAAAAGCUAUUGCUGCGCAUGAUUCAUUGAACAACCAAUCCACAUGCCAAGUGGUGUUGUCUCUUUCUUACACUGUAAGGACAGAAAGAGACAGCAUGAGGAUUGUUGUUACUUACACAAGGUUCAUUGGUUAGGUCUUCCAGUAUUUUAAGUUAGUGUUUAUCUAAACGUUGAAGAGUAAAGUUGCAUUAACUGAACAAACAUGAAGAUAUUUUGCAGUGUUUUUGCUUUAUUUAUAAUUUUCGAAACUGCUUAUGGAGACUGUGGAGUAGUCUCCAAAGCAGGAUGGGAUGGUCUGACUCCCAUACACGUGGAAUACCUCGCAAGGCCAGUGGACCUGGUCAUCAUCCAACACACGGUGACUUCCACUUGUACCACCAACGCCAGAUGUGCUGAGAUCGUGCGGGCGAUUCAGACGAACCAUAUGGAUAACUUGGGUUAUUGGGACAUAGCUUCCUCAUUUAUUGUUGGUGGUAAUGGCAAAAUAUAUGAAGGAGCUGGUUGGCUGCAUGUCGGCGCCCAUACUUAUGGCUACAACAGGAGAUCUAUUGGCAUCACUUUUAUUGGAAAUUAUAACAAUGACACGCCAACAAAAGCAUCACUAGACGCUGUGAAGGCUUUACUCCGCUGCGGCGUUCAAAAUGGGCACCUGAGUGAAAACUAUCACAUCGUUGGCCACAGACAACUGAUUGCUACUGAAAGCCCUGGCAGAAAGUUAUACAACGAGAUCAGAAGAUGGCCUCACUUCCUCGAUGAUGUCAGCUCUAUAAAGAACUAAUUUGUUUUGGGGUUUCAUCAACUCUGUAUAAAGCUAAUAAUGCCAAAAAAGUUAGGGUGCAUCUACACAGUGCAAGCAGCUUGCGCAUGUUGAGACACAUCCAAUUUAAACGUGUGGGUCCAGCGACUCGUGCAUAUGUCAAAGCAAAAUACCCACCCGCGUGCUCUGUUGCGUCACUUGCGCAUGUGAACUUGCUCCAGCUACUUGCACCGUGUAGUUGCACCCUAAGGCUAAAAUUGCCACAUAAUGUUACGUUUUGGAAGCGAACUGCCGACUGCAACUGCCGACCGCACGUGCAGUAGUAUUUUUUCUUUGUAUGUAUUUACAUGAAAUCUUGUCGCUGCACUUGCGGUCGGUAAGCUUAACAGAAAUGAUGUUAAAAUAUCAAUGUAAAUUAGUUUAUUUUUAUACAAGAGAACUCAGAAAAUAGCUCUGCCAAAAAUACCAAAAUGCAUUUUUAACUUAU